AUGGUUGGAGAGCUAAGUUACUUCCUUGGUCUUCAGGUGAAGCAAACUGACUGUGGGCUUUUUAUCUCUCAAUCAAAAUAUGCCAAAAACCUCGUAAAGAGAUUUGGCUUGGAUAGUAAAGAACACAAAAGGACACCCAUGAGCACGAGUAUUAAGUUAGGACAUGACCCUACAGCCAGUAGACCUAGCAUAGCGUUUAGUGUUGGAGUGUGUGCUAGAUUUCAGGCUGAUCCUAAGGAUUCCCAUCUGAGUGCAGCUGGAAAUGUCGACGAUAGAAAGAGUACCUCAGGUGGAUGUUUCUAUGUUGGUUCUAAUCUUGUGUCAUGGAUGAGUAAGAAACAAAACUUAGUCUCUCUGUCCACAGCUGAGGCAGAAUACAUUGCAGCUGGUAGUUGUUGCACUCAACAGCUUUGGAUGAAGCAAAUGUUGAGUGAUUACGAGAUAAAUCAGGGUACCAUGAUUGUGUUCUUGUCUAUUGAUCCUAUAGGAGACCUACUUGCUGACUUCUCAGCUAUUCCUCCGUCCCACUCUCAUGCUCUUAUAUCCGCUCUUGAUAUUCCUUCUUCUUCCACUUCUGUACCACCACUAGCCUAG